AUGGCCCCAUCACAACUACAAAUCAAAGUGAGUGCUUUGAAAAGACUCAUCAAGGAAAAGGACAUGUACCAACGAGAAGUUUCUGAACAAGAGCAAUACGUGAAUCAAUUGAAGGCAAACAAUGGCGACGAGUACGAAUUGAAGAAACAGGUUGAAGUUCUUGAUGAAAGCAAACGCAUGGUCCCACAAGUUUCCAAAAAGAUUGAAGAGUUGAAAAAGUCGUUACUGGAGUACUUGGAAAACUACACAGGAGAUGAAGAUGUGACUGAAGCUAAGGAUUUGCUCAAUUAA